CGCGCGGUGAAGAUAACAACAGCUGUGUUUACAAAUACAACCCGUCGUUGCCAUUCUGCGACGCCAAUUCACAGCACGAGAAAACACUUUUUUAUUACUAUGCUUGUGUCGUAUCGGGAAAGAAAGGGCUCUAGGAUGAUGUGGGUUUUGGGCGUGUUGUUUUGCCAUCUAGUUGUGGUGAGAGCAGGUUGUGAUAUUGAUAAAUCCGUCACCAACCAGACCGAGAGGAACCUUCAGACCAAUUUGCUUCAGAAACUUAAACCGAUUUUUGGCGUGAGUGCCAAAGAACUCACAGAUGUAAAUGGAAAUAAAUAUGAGUUCACAGUGUGCGAGGGUGUCAGCGGGCAGCCACCUGAUGUGGGAAUGGUUAUGACGAAAUCUGGUAACAAGCCAGUUGUGCUCGGAAAGAACAGCAGGGCCCUAGUCUCAAGUCAAGAUAACUGGCUGAUGCUUACCUUGCUUGGUGGCGAAAACUACACCAGCUCUUGCAACAAAGAAGAGCGGAAAGCACACAUCAUGUUUGUGUGUGAUCGCCAGCAAGCUGAGUUGGAAAUUCACACUGUUGAGAUGCUGAAUAUCAGUUCUUCAUGCUACCUGCUGUUUGUUGCUGGACACAAAAGCAUCUGUGCCCCGACACCUGAUUCUGGCCUGAGUGGAGGAUCAAUCUUUCUCAUUAUAGUUCUGGUGACAUUCUGUGCCUAUUUCACCUUUGGUUUCUUCUACCUUCGGUUAGUGCGUGGUGCAAAGGGUAUUGAACAAAUCCCCAAUCGUGAAUUCUGGUUUACAGUUGGCAACAAACUGGCUGAUGGUUGUGGUGCUGUGUGUCGAUGCGACCAGUACUGUGGUGCUGGAAGACCCCCAAGCUCCUAUGAUGGGUAUUCGCCCAUUGAGGAACGUUUGGCACAGGAUCUUCAGAAUACAGACAGAGACUCAGCUCUCCUUAGUCCUUAGGAAAAUCUUUUCUCAUUAUUGUUUCAGAGGUAUUAGUUAGAAUUCCUCAUUUGAAGGAUUGAAAAUUGUUAUUUUCCUUUUAGGAUGUUGGCACAGAAUUAUAGCAAUAUAAUAUGAAUAAUGUCAAAUAUAUUGUGCAUAUAAAAAGUAAAAAGCACC